AUGUCCAAAAUUCCCCGUAACUUCAAACUACUCGAGGAACUCGAGAGGGGCGAGAAGGCGCUUUCUGCCGACUCCAUCUCAUACGGGUUGAUCAACCAGGACGACAUCACCAUGACCGACUGGAACGGCACUAUUUUAGGCCCACCACACUCCGUUCAUGAAAACCGCAUCUAUAGUUUGUCCAUCACCUGUGAUGCCUCCUACCCUGAACAUCCACCCAUUGUCAAGUUCGUCAGCAAGAUCAGCUUGCCGUGUGUGAACCCAGAAGACGGCAGUGUGAUGAUCGAGAGAUUCAGCACCUUGGCCAACUGGAAGAGAUCCUACGGAAUUGAAACUGUUUUAUUGGAACUAAGAAAGGAGAUGGCAUCGCCAGCAAACAAGAGAUUGGCCCAGCCGGCCGAGGGAACUACCUACUAACUCAGCAUCAAUGCACGUUAAAACGAAGAUAAGCUGCGUGUAGCUGUAGGGAGAUGUAUGUAACGUGGGGCGAAAGAGCGUACGAUGCCAAACAAAGAUAUCAAUUACAAGUGUCUGUAGGAAAUAAUGUGAGAUAUGCUCUGAAAGCAGGCGGAUGGGUUGGCCUUUGUUGGCAGUGAGCCAAUGAUUCAGGCAAAAACUUUCGGUGGGAAGGGGCAAUGUGGCUUAGACUAUGUGAGCAUGGGAAAUUCAAUUCAUCUGAGUUGAAAAUAGGUGAUGUAGACGAUACAACAGAGUGG